AUGCGCCUGCUCGAUCUCCUCAUGAGAGACAACCUGGACAGUCUAAACUUCCAGCAGGGUCAAGGUCCUCCGGAGAGCCUGCUUCAGUACAUCCGGUCUAUACGCGACCUGUCGCUGAGGCGAGACUUUUCUCCGACCAAGCGGAACCUCCCUGUACUGCCGCGGUCUGUGGCGGUGGGCAUGAAGCCCAAGAAGAUCCAUGAAGUCAGGUACUUUGCCGACUACAUCGAACGCCUGUCAAACGACAUCUCGGGCUCUUGCGGCCGUGACAUCUCCCACCUGGUCGACUUUGGCAGCGGGCAGAACUAUCUGGGCAGGGCGCUCGCCAGCGCACCCUACAACCGGCGUGUGGUGGCCGUGGAAGGCAGGGAGAACAACGUUGCUGCGGCCAGACAUCUCGACAGGCUGGCGGGGCUCACAGUCAAUAAAAAGGUCCGGAGAAAUAAGAAACUGUGGAAUCAGGUAUUGGAGGUUCUGGGACCGGACAAAGAAGGCGAUCCCAGGGCAUUGGCCGAGGCGGUCAAGCAGGUCGCCGGAGCUGAGGCUUUCGACUUUCGCCCCGCCGAUGAACUUGGGUCGCAGAACGAAUUGGAGGCAGGCAAGGGCCAUGUCCAGUACGUGUCGGGCAGGCUGGAAAGCGGAGACCUCGCCGGCAUACUCGCCGAGGUUAAGCGCCCAGGGACGGAGGACAAGCAGAGGCCUGCGUCACAGUUCAUGGCCAUCUCGAUACACUCUUGUGGCAACCUCUCACAUCACGGCAUCCGGUCGCUGGUCCUCAACCCCGACAUACGGGCAAUCGCCAUCGUGGGAUGUUGCUACAACCUCGUGACGGAGAAGCUCGGGCCGCCGACGUACAAGCACGCGUACCUCCGGCCGACGCUGCAGGCCCUCAACGGCAGGGUGGUUGAGGAAUCCGACAAGCGUGACCCGCAGGGGUUUCCGAUGAGCAAGCGCUUCUCUAGCUACCGGGGCGAGGGCAUCCGGCUCAACAUCACGGCCAGGAUGAUGGCGUGCCAGGCACCGCAGAACUGGACCCGGGACGAAAGCGAAGACUUCUUCACGCGGCACUUCUACCGUGCCGUACUGCAGAAGAUAUUCCUCGAUCGCGGCGUCGUGGGCCGCGUCCGGCACGGCCAACCUGGCCACAAGGGGACGAGUGGCGCCUUUGACGUGAGCACCAACCCCGUCGUCAUCGGCAGCCUCCGUAAGCACUGCUACGGCUCGCUCAGGGCCUACGUGCGCGGCGCCGUCGAGAAGCUGACGACGAGCGCCGACUACAAGCAGUACGCAGAGGUGAUGCGAGACAAGAUGGCGGGCAUGACGGACGAGGAGAUUGACGGGUACGAGGAGGCGUACCAGCCGCGCAGGAGGGAGCUGUGCGUCAUCUGGAGCUUGAUGGCCUUUAGCGCCACCGCCGUGGAGUCGCUGAUAGUGGCGGACCGGUGGACGUAUCUCGUCGAGCACGGGCAUCUGGUGAAGCAGGCGUGGGUCGAGACGGUGUUUGACUACAGGCAGAGCCCGAGGAACCUGGUGGUGGUCGGGGUGAAACGGGACGAUGCAUGA